AUGUCUAUGCUCAACAAAUUCAAAGCGGGAGCGCAGAAGGCGGCUAUUCAGGCUACUGCGUUCGCGAAGGAGGGAUCUAGCCGCAUGCAGACCGGGUCGCAAUCGUUUGUGCAGGGAUUCACGCUACCUGGAGAGGCAGAGAAGGCGGCCAAGAUCUUGGAUAGCUUCCUGGCUGAUCCCGAGAAUCCACAAUCAGCACUGAACGCGAUCCCGAAAGCUGUCUUGCAACGGGCCCGCGGACUCGCCGUAUUCCAAGUGUUGAAAGCUGGCUUCAUGUUCUCCGGCAAAGCUGGUUCUGGUCUUAUCAUCGCCCGGUUACCCGAUGGCUCGUGGUCUGCACCCUCGUGCAUCGCAACCGGCGGCGUGGGCUGGGGUCUCCAGAUAGGCGCGGACAUCACCGAUUUCGUCGUCGUGCUAAACAGCGACGACGCCGUGCGCGCCUUCUCGCUCGGCGGGAACGUCACCAUCGGAGGCUCAAUCUCCGCUGCCGCCGGCCCGAUUGGUACUGGCGGACGCGUCGAGGCGGCGCUUGCACACCCGGCGCCUAUGUUCUCGUACUCUAAGUCUAAAGGACUGUACGCGGGCUUGUCAUUGGAAGGCACUGUGCUUAUUGAGCGCAAAGACGCUAAUAAGGCAUUCUACGGUUCUCCCAUCCCUGCGCGCGAUAUCCUUGGCGGUCGCGUGCCACCUCCGGAGGUUGCGAGCAGGUUGUACGAGAUCAUCGAGGCUGCCGAGGGAUUGGACGAGUCAGGUUUGCCGCAGGAGGCCUACAUUCCCUCGCAGACGGGCGAGCAUAUAGCGGUCGACCACACGGUCUUCGAUGCGGAGCACCACUAG